GCUGUCUCUGGAGUGGCAGACUGCACUGUGCCACGGAUUCCUGUAGGCGCCCUGCGCGCCGUGCACUCUCCCCCGGGUCGCAGCCUGACGCACUCGGAGAGGACGGUCCUCAGCUGUCACACCGCCGAGGGAGGGGGUGAGGGAGAGAGAGAGAGAGAGAGAGUGAGCGUGAGAGAGAGAGAGAGAGAGAGAGAGAGAGCAAACUUUGCGUGGUUGUGCCUGGAACCCCUUCAUGAGCUCACCUUGGUAAUCGCGGCAACCACCGAACGUACCUUCUCUCAAAUUCCCAACAUCCGCUUGCGACGGACAGCGGCGAGGAAUCCCCCCCUCAGGAGAGACGGGGGCUGCACCCUCUCACGCUGUUCAUGCCGGACAAAGUUUACGAGCAGCGUGGCAGAGGAGAGAGGACAGAGAUUCGACCGCGCACCUUUCGGUAAACUUGUUGCGAACUCGCGCCGUCGCCGCCGACUGCAAUGGGCACCCUGCGCGACCUCCAGUACGCGCUGCAGGAGAAGAUCGAGGAGCUGCGCCAGAGGGACGCGCUCAUCGACGAGCUGGAGCUGGAGCUCGACCAGAAGGACGAGCUCAUACAGAGGCUGCAGAACGAGCUGGACAAAUACCGCUCCGUUAUCAAACCGGCGACCCAGCAGGUCCAGAAGCACACCGAGCUGAACGAGCAGCAGCGGACGAAGAGGCAGGCGAUCUCGGCCGAACCCACAGCCUUCGACAUCCAGGAUCUCAGCCACGUCACCCUACCUUUCUACCCCAAAAGCCCACAGUCCAAGGAUCUGAUCAAGGAAGCCAUCUUGGAUAAUGACUUCAUGAAGAACCUGGAGCUGUCGCAGAUCCAAGAGAUCGUGGACUGCAUGUACCCUGUGGAGUAUGGAAAAGACAGCUGUAUUAUUAAGGAGGGUGAUGUGGGCUCAUUGGUCUACGUCAUGGAAGAUGGAAAGGUGGAGGUGACGAAGGAGAGCCUGAAGCUCUGCACCAUGGGGCCGGGGAAGGUGUUUGGAGAGCUGGCAAUUCUCUACAACUGCACCAGGACUGCUACUGUCAAGACUCUAACCAAUGUGAAGCUGUGGGCCAUCGACCGACAAUGUUUUCAGACCAUCAUGAUGAGGACGGGUCUCAUCAAGCACAACGAGUAUAUGGAGUUUCUGAAAAGUGUCCCCACAUUCCACGGCCUGCAGGAAGAUAUUCUGAGCAAGCUUGCCGAUGUCCUUGAGGAGACGCAUUAUGGAGAUGGAGAGUACAUCAUCAGACAGGGGGCCAGAGGAGACACCUUCUUCAUCAUCAGUAAGGGAAAGGUUAAUGUGACUCGGGAAGAUUUGCCCAAUGGAGAGCCUGUCUACCUGCGCAGCCUCGGAAAAGGCGACUGGUUUGGGGAGAAAGCGCUGCAAGGGGAGGACAUCAGGACGGCCAACGUCAUUGCAGCAGAGGCAGUCACCUGUUUAGUCAUCGAUAGAGAUUCAUUCAAGCACCUGAUAGGAGGAUUGGAGGACGUGUCCAGUAAAGGUCACGAGGACGCCGAUGCCAAAGCCAAGUAUGAAGCAGAGAAUGCGUUUUUCUUCAACCUCAACCUCGCUGACUUCAACAUCAUCGACACUCUGGGGGUCGGUGGCUUUGGACGUGUUGAGCUGGUUCAGCUCAAGAGCGAUGAGAACAAAACCUUCGCCAUGAAGAUCCUGAAGAAGAGGCACAUUGUCGAUACGAGACAGCAGGAGCACAUUCGUUCGGAGAAGCUCAUCAUGCAGGAGGCCCACUCUGACUUCAUUGUUAGACUCUACAGAACCUUCAAGGACAGCAAGUACCUCUACAUGCUGAUGGAAGCGUGUCUAGGAGGAGAGCUAUGGACCAUUCUUCGAGACAGGGGUUCAUUCGAGGACUCGACCACGAGGUUUUACACGGCUUGUGUGGUAGAGGCCUUCGCCUACCUGCAUUCCAAAGGAAUCAUCUACAGAGACCUCAAACCAGAGAACCUUAUCUUGGACCACAGAGGAUAUGCCAAACUGGUGGACUUUGGUUUUGCCAAGAAGAUUGGUUUUGGGAAGAAGACGUGGACCUUCUGUGGGACGCCGGAGUAUGUAGCGCCAGAAAUUAUCCUGAACAAGGGCCACGACAUCUCGGCUGACUACUGGUCUCUAGGAAUCCUCAUGUUUGAGCUCUUAACUGGCAGCCCUCCAUUCUCUGGCCCUGAUCCUAUGAAAACAUACAACAUCAUCCUGAGAGGCAUUGACAUGAUCGAAUUUCCAAAGAAAAUUACCAAAAAUGCUGCCAACCUAAUCAAAAAGCUAUGCAGGGAUAAUCCCUCUGAAAGACUGGGAAACUUGAAAAAUGGAGUCAAAGACAUCCAAAAGCACAAAUGGUUUGAGGGCUUUAACUGGGAGGGCUUGAAGAAGGGGACAUUGACUCCUCCUAUUAUCCCUAAUGUCACAUCAGCAGUUGACACAAGUAACUUCGACAGGUUCCCAGAGGACAACGAGGACCCGCCCCCUGAUGACAACUCGGGCUGGGAUGUGGAUUUCUGAGGCCCUCCUCUGCCCUUCAGACCGGAAAGGAACUUGUCUUUUGUUGGCUCCGGGGCCAUCCUGAGGACAUCGGCUGUGUUGUAAAAAACAAACUGCAUUAAAAAUGAAAGAGAGGAUACGGAAAAGAAGAUAGACAGACAGGAUGGGAAAACCCUCUGGGUCACCGAUAUGCCUUUAUUUCUCUGUGGCUCUGGAUCAAGCAUUUAUAAUGGGACUGCUGUAGCAAUUCUCAAGUGUUGUCUUACUCUCGGCUCGAAAAAGGCAAAUGGCAAAGAAAGUGCAGGGUUACACACAACACAACAGGGGCUGACGGUGGGGCCAGCUUCUUCUCCAUGUAACGGGGGGAAAGGUGUUUGGUGGGUGAAUGAAUGUGUGAUAGUUUGUCUAAGUUUUGGUUCCAGGAUGAAUACGAGUGUGAAAAGUGCGACGAUGGACUGUUCAGAAAAAGGAGGAGGCUAACGAUUGAUUUUUUUUCUUUCUUUCUGUGUGUUUCUCCACAAUAUUUGGUGAAAUGCUGUAUGUGGUGGGCUUUGGGAGUUUAUAAUGUGUUACCGUAGUUGUUCCCUGUUUUAUUGACAUGCAGCUGCUUGCUACAUGUCCUGACACUCUUCAGAGAUCUGCACACUACAGUUUGCAGGGAAACCUGCCAUCAAGUGCUCAAGACUAAUCUGAAUGUCACAGAUUUCCUUCCAUAACAUCCUCACAGUAUACAGUAUGUACGGCACAUAGUAUUUAAAUUUACGAGUUACAGUCUCACAAACGCAAAAGUGCUGAAAUCAAAUAUUGAGUACCCUUUAUAUAUGAUGAAGCUACCUUGAAAAGUACAAAUACUGUGCAAUUAGUGGAGGGAGACAUGACUCUUCAAGUGCCCUGCUUAAAUUUUAAUGAAUCACACACUGACAGUCGAAAUGUCUGCAAGUAUUUCCAUGAAACAAUCUGUCAUUAUGCACUUACGACCAUUAACUGAGAAAAUCACCAGUUAUAGCUAAUUUCAAGCUUUAGUAGGUGAAGUCACACUCUUUUUUUCCUCUAUUUAAUAUGCUUUUAAUCACAUAUAGGAAUGCUUCACUACCCACAUACUUAUUAAUUUUAAUUUUUUUUUUUAAUCACCCAAAUGCCUCUUCCCAUUCAACCGAACGGGACAUCCUCUGUUUGCUCCUGUAUAGUUCUGAUAUAACUGUGAACAUGGUUUUAAUGUCUUUGGUGCUGUUAAUGAUAAAUUAUGAUAAGAGAUCGGUGAGAUGACAGUACUGGUUAUUGUUUUGUACAGUGAUUUUUUUCGUGCUUGGUUUCUUUGUAACGUACUGACAAACUUCUUUGGAAAAUUGGAGACUUGUGUCAAUUUGUAAACUUGAGUGCAGAUUUGUUUUAAUAUCACUUGACACCAUGUGACAUUGUGCUGAGUGGUAUUCUCAAGGUUUUUACUGUUUUAAACAGGUUCACCCUUGUUCAGUUCAUCAAUAGAAAUGAACCAUCCUCUACUUUGAAGGCAAUUUUACCACAUUCGCAUUAUUGAAAUAGAAAUUUUAAGAAAUCAAAAGAAAAUAUUAUAUUUUGUGAAACUCAGCUUUGACUACUAGCACCACGAUCUCUCGCCCAGCUCAUCGCCUCUCGCGUCCAAAAAUCCGAAGUAAUGUAAGUGCCUUAAGUCAAUGGCAUACAAAAUUAACAUCACAACACCUUUUCGAUGCUGCAUGAACACAUAUACACCUCAAAAGAACGUGUGUCCUCUUAGAUGGCUGCUUCUCAUCCUUUGUUAUACCUAAUAAAUACAUUAAUCACCUUGGAAA